UCCAAAAGGAGCCGUGGUGUCUAAAUCCACGUCGUGUCCCCCGUUGCGCGAAUCGGCCGACGAUAAUGCUGCAGGAAUUCAUCCACCACGUCAUCGCCAUCAUCAAGGAGUCUAUGAAGACAUUCACAUAUGAGUCACUAAACAAUGUUGCAAGGUUGAUAAAUGGAAUAUCAGCACUCUUGUUGACUCUAUUACCAGGGAAGGCCAACAUGUUAGAAGGCAUUAGUGGCUGGGAACUUAGACCAUCAUUUCGUGGUCCAUGUCUUCCUCGCUGGAUGAAAAGUGGCGUUUCAUCAUUCAAUGUGUUCAUUCAUGAACUAUCUGUCGAUUCUAAUGGUGAAUUAUUAACUGACUCAAUCCCUGGGGAUGAUGAAAAUGAAGAGUUUAUAUGCCCUUCAUCUCCAUUGUCCCAAAGUUCACGGUUAUCACACACAAGCAGUUUUGGUAGACGUGAUCAUCGAUUGAGAAGACCUAUUAGAUAUGCAGUUUCAUGGAUUCUUUGGCCUGUCAGAUUUCUUGUCUCUUUGCUUCAGAUUCUAUUCAAUGCUAUGAAGUUUUCGAUCACGCAGACAGCUAGUAAAAUCCCAGAAAGUCCUUAUAUUCCAGAAAGUCCCCAUGUUUUUAGAAACUUUGCUUCUAGGAGAGGGCUUAACAUCAACGAUCAAGUUCUUCAACGAACAACUGACAGGAGGCGUGGAGUUUUUGAGGAUCUCCAUCUUGCAAUUGAGAUUUUCAUCGAAUCAGUGUUUGACAUUGUUCAUAAAGGCGCACAUUAUGUCCUUUCUCCUUCUGAGGUGUGGCAAAAGUUGUUUUGCUGGAUUCAUAGAGGAGGCGGCAGCAGCAACAGUUCUGUUGUUGAUGUACCAACUGCUAAUGUUGGCAAUGAUAAUCCGACCCCAACUGAAAGGAAGACUACAUAUCGACAUCCUUUGAAUACGGAUUCUCGGACAUGUGAAGAUGUUAUCACUGAGCUUGGUUAUCCUUUCGAGGCUAUAAAAGUAGUUACUUCAGAUGGAUAUGUCUUACUGCUGGAGAGAAUUCCAAGGCAUGAUUCACAUAAGGUGGUAUUGCUGCAACAUGGAAUACUUGACUCUUCUAUGGGUUGGGUAUCGAAUGGUGUUGUUGGCUCACCUGCAUUUGCGGCCUAUGAUCAAGGUUAUGAUGUUUUUCUUGGAAAUUUGCGUGGUUUGGUCUCCAGGGAGCAUGUUGAUAAAAAUAUUUCUUCCUACAAGUACUGGAAAUAUUCUGUUAAUGAACAUGGAACCAAAGAUAUGAAAGCAAUCGUUGAAGAAAUUCACAAGAUUAAAACUUCAGAACUUGGCAAAAGUAGACCUCAUAUAAAUUUGGAAACAAAGGAUCAAAACGAUAAUAAGAUAAAAAAUUUAGAAGUGCAGGCUUCACAGGAUGAUGAGAGAGAUAGUCAACCAUACAAGCUUUGUGCUGUCUGCCACAGCUUGGGUGGUGCGGUGAUGUUAAUGUAUGUAGUGACAUCGAGGAUUGCGCAGAAGUCCCAUAGGUUGUCUAGAUUGGUCUUGCUAUCGCCUGCUGGCUUUCAUGAGGAUUCCAAUGUGGUGUUCAGCAUGGUAGAAAAGCUCAUUUUGUUUGUUGGACCAGUACUUGCUCCACUUAUACCUGGGCUUUACAUACCAACUCGUUUCUUCCGGAUGCUACUUAACAAGCUGGCUAGGGACUUCAACAACUAUCCUGCUUUGGGUGGCCUUGUCCAAACUCUUAUGGGCUAUGUAGUUGGUGGCGAUAGCUCAAAUUGGGUGGGGGUACUCGGGUUGCCCCACUACAACAUGGAUGACAUGCCCGGUGUGUCGUUCCAUGUUGCAGUCCACCUUGCACAAAUAAAGAGGGCAACAAGAUUCCAAAUGUAUGACUAUGGAAGUCCAGCAGCAAACAUGGAGGCAUAUGGAACACCAGAACCGUUGGACCUGGGAGCUCAUUAUGGCCUCAUUGACAUCCCAGUGGAUUUAGUUGCUGGGCAAAGAGACAAAGUUAUCUCACCAUCCAUGGUAAAGAAGCACUACAAGUUGAUGCGCAAGGCUGGUGUAGAGGUUUCCUACAAUGAAUUCGUGUAUGCUCAUUUGGAUUUCACAUUCUCCCAUAGAGAGGAGCUUUUGUCCUAUGUUAUGUCCUGCCUGCUCUUAGUAAAUAGCCCUAGAAAAGCUAGCAUCAAGCAUACCAGUGUCCACCUUCGAAAGCCGAAGAAAGCCCAAUCAGAAAUUGAAGCUGAUUGUGAUAGCAAGGAGUAUACAGGCAUAGUAUAUAAUGGGGUCACCAACGAGUAAAAUAGGCAUGGGCAUGCUGCGUGAUGUGAUGAUCAUGUGGAAUCUGCUGAGCAUUUGUUGUUCAUUUGGUGAAUAGAACAUGUGUUUUUUGUCGCCAUGCCGCCUUCAUCGUGUAGAAGAUGUGAGGAUGGAUAGAGCCCAGUUCUUUUUAGCACUAGUUAGUUUUGUUGACGGGGAUUGUUUUAUUAUACCCGUAGGAAAACAAAACUUGUAUAUGUAUACACGCCUAGUUGCUAUAGUGUUGUUCAUAUAUCAUGAAACUAUCAGGAACAAGAAGCUACUGUACUGUUUAAGAA